GUCAUGCAAGCAAGCGUUGAUUGAAUUAGUGAGAGACAACUGAAACGAAAAAUCAAAGACUGGAAACUCGAGAAGAAGGUGAAAGGUGAUGAGAUGAAAAUCAUAGUUCAGAAGAUGCAGCAGCGGGUUGGAAAGAAUACGGCGUUUCGUGUGCGGGGUCAGGUCGUGGAACCAGCGAAGAUCCAACGAUGGCAAAAGAGGUCUGGAACUCUGGAUACGCUUACGAUGCCAAAUUCUCUCCCCGGAUCUUCUGCUCCAUCAACUCCUUCCGACAUCAGUUACGAUACGGUCCAAGAGAUAAGGUCACCUUCACCGUACAAACGGAAUAUCGACUCACUCGGUGGUCUAAUUUCCGAAUUGGAGGGAAACCUACCUCCUUCAUUUCCCCCACCACAGAUUUUUGAUCACAUGCCUUCACCGCAAGGUGAUCUCGGUACGGAUAUUGCCAGCAUCUUGGUUGAGGAUGGCAACGUAUUUGAGGGGCAAACUCCAGCCCCUUUCACUGCUCCUCCUUCACCUGCGCCUUCCCAAAUACAUGAGGCCCAUGGAGUCUCAUCAGACUCCUCACAACAUCCGAUUCUGGGCGGGAAUCUCGUUAGCAGCGAAAAUGAUAUUCAUGCACCGUUCAGUUCUAGCACUGCGGGUCUCGCAGGCCCCCAACCGAUUAAGAUACCCCAGAAGAAACACUACAAGCACAAGGAAGAGCUUGAGUUUACACGGAGAUUGAAUGACCUCCAAUCGAAUUACGGCUCAGAUCAUCCAGCCACGAUAGAUACCGCUUUGCGUCUAGCUCAAAUAUUUGAGCAACAAGGUAGAUUACGAUCUUCUGAAAGUCUCUGCAAGCUGUCCGCCGAACUCCUGCAAAAAUCUGUCGGAGAGAACGAUCCGAGGACUCUUUCGGCAUUCAGCCAACUCGCGAGUAUAUUCAUAUUCCAAAGUCAAUUCUCGAAGGCGAAAACGCUCCUCCAAGCUGUGCAUUCGAGGGCAUCCAAGGUUUUACAUCCAUCGCACCUAGUCAUUUUAUGCAUUAAAACCACACUUGCAACGUGUCUUGGUACGAUAGGCAACCACGUAGAAGCAGAGCAAAUUGUCCGUGAGGUUAUAGUACUUGGCAAAGAAACCCUACCUCCUGACCACGCUACUAUGGUAUCUGCCAUGGGUACCCUUGAGAGACUACUAGAGGAGCAGGGCGAAUAUUUUGAAGCAGAGAAGAUGCUAGUGGUACUUUACGAAACGCAUGUACUAAAUCGAUAUAUUGAGGGUCAAUUACAGACCCGCUCGAAGUUGAGCCUACUUUGGAUAUUAAAGGGAGAAGCCCAGAAAGGCAUGGAAGCCUUGAGAGAGGUUCUUGCAGCACAGAAGCAACAUUUCGGCCCAGAACAUCAAGAUACACUCUUAACGCAACAACGUUUUGCUGUAGCGCUACAGAGCAUUGGUAGGUUCGUCGAGUCUGAAGAACUGUUUCGAGAUAUAGUCAAUAUAUCUGCAAAAACAGUAGGCAGGAAUCACUGGAUGACCUUGGAGAAUGAAGUGCGUUUGGCUGACUUGUUCAACAUACGACGAAGAUUCAGAGAAGCUGAGGAACUUCAUAAGAAAGUGUUGAGAGUUUCUGAAAAGGUCUAUGGCUGGGAAUCCAGAUUGACUUGCUUCUCUGCUUCCAGCCUCAGUGCCACGUACCAUCGUCAAGGCCGUCUAGAAGAGGCUCAUUCGACAAAAGAAAAGGCUUUCAGAGGCUACUUGCAAAUACUUGGGCCCAACCACCGAAAAACCAGAGACUGUGAGCGGGGACUCAUCUUACUAACUCAAGAAAGGGAACAGCUGCAAAGAUCUCAAGACGGAGCGUCUAUGAGCAUGGAUCCUCAAUAUGGAAUCGUUGUCGAAGAUGCUGGACUUGCCAGUUUUGGUAUCUCGGGCAGCGGUUUGGGCGGAAUUUUCCAACCUCGCGAAGGCUACGUGGGAAUUCAGCAUUAGAUGCUUCCGUGUUUUCCGAGGUCGGGAAAGGAUUUCAAAGGCUACGCAAAGUAGACGAUACGAUAGGUGUAUGUUGUGACAGCUACCACGGACAACCAUGCUGACAGAAGUAGCGGAGCAU